CCGGGAUGGGCCGCGUCGGGCCGCAUUUCCGUGUUCACCCGCAACGUGGAGCCGUUCGGGCCGCGUGGCGGUAGGGAGAGAGGAAAUGGCAAGGCUACGUGUGCUUUGUGCGCCAUUCGGCCCUGUGAGGUGGCAGACCACUGUCAGAGCAGGAGAGUGGGUUUGUCUUUUCUCCCGUCCCAUUCAGAAUCACACCUGUGCACGAAAUGGGAGUCGUCUUUGUUUACUGUGGUACUCCCGGUGUUGGCAAAAGCACCCUCGGCAAAGAGCUUGCAUCAAGGACAGGGCUGACCUACAUCAGCGUGGGUGACCUGGCAAAAGAAGAAGAACUGUAUGAAGGUUUCGACGAGGAGUAUGAAUGCCCAAUUUUGGAUGAAGACAGAGUAAUUGAUGAACUAGAAGGCAAAAUGUGCGAGGGUGGAGUUAUUGUUGAUUACCACGGCUGUGAUUUUUUCCCUGAACACUGGUUUCAUAUAGUGUUUGUACUUCGUGCAGACAACUCAAUUCUAUAUGACAGGCUUGAAAGCAGGGGCUACAAAGGGAAAAAGCUACAAGACAAUAUUCAGUGUGAAAUUUUUCAGACACUUUAUGAGGAAGCUGUGUUGUCAUACAGAAAGGAAAUUGUGCACCAAUUACCCAGCAACACUCCUGAAGACCUAGAGAGAAAUUUGGAUCAGAUCGUGCAAUGGGUUGAGCAAUGGACAAAGGACAACAAUUGACAACUGGAGAAAAAGCAACUGUUCUAGUUUUGAUUGGGAUAGACUUAAUUUUCUUCUUUUCAGCUUCCCAUGCUGCUCUGCCACCAUGGAUUGCAAAUAACAAAAUGGCUUGGUUUGGAAGGGGCUUACCUAGUACAGUGCUGUUCAGUAAACAGCUACCUGUUGGGUCCCUCCAUCUCAGCCAUCACCAGUGGUCUCUCUUUUGAUCAGCAUUCUCAUCAGCACUUCAGGAUUCUCAGGAUAAAAUAUUUCCUGACUCAUUUCUAACUCUGUAAUCUGGUACAGGGUUCCAGACCUAGCUUCUGUUUAUCAGCCAAUUUAGCCAGACUCAAAAAUUCUGGCUUGCUUUCUGAGAUUAAGUCACGAUCUAUCUCUUGUUCUUUUUCCUCUAAUUUAGACUGCAAAACUUCUUCCUGAUCUAAUUCAUCUUCCAGUGCCACAUGAAGUUAUUAACUAGUAGCUACUCACUAAGCUACUAACAUUCAGCAGCUAACAGGAUCUGUAUGCUUUUCAUUUAUUCCUGCAAGGAUUUAACCAUUUCAUCACUAGUAUAUCUAAUAAAACCUGUCUCUGGGCUGUCACCAGUGCUCCUCCCAACAAAGUAUGCAUUGUGGCUUUUCUUUCUCUGGCCACAACUUUUGAUUUUUUUUGCAAGUGUUGUGAUUCCUUCUGCUAUAGCUUUGGGAUCGUGCCAGUUGUUCUGAGCCCAAACCAUUCCCAGUGGGGAAGGGCAAACACUAUACCUUUUCAGAUUUCCAGUAAUGGGAGAAGACUAACACCAGUGUUUCUUGGGCAACCAUGGCUUGCCACUGCUCGUACCUCUCCCAGUGUAUAGCCUUCAUGGCAUAUAGUUGAGAGAUUGCUUCCCAAGACUUCCCACCCACAGUAUCAGGUAUCUUCCAGCUUACAACUUUGCUGGCAUAGUUAGCAGGAUUCCCUCAUUUUGGAAAGUCUGAAGGCUACCUCUCAGCUACGUGCCAGCCUACCAUGGGCAGGGUUGCCACUCAGCAGAUCAGGCUGCUCAGGGCCCUAUCCUUCCUAAUCUUGAACACCUCCAGGGAUGGAAGAUCCACAACUCUGAGCAGCCUCUGCCAGGGCUUUACCACCUUCUGGGUGAAGAAUUGGUUCCUAUCAUGUAACCUAAAUUUUUCCUCUUUCAGUUUAAAGCCAUUCCUUUUGUCCUAUUACUAUUAAACCAUGUAAAAACCAA